AUUUUUUUUUCAAUUUUGACUUAGACCACUUUCAUAAUUAUGGGCACAAUUAUCGCAUUAUUAAAAAUAGGACUUUGGUAACGCGCCCGCAAAUUUCCCCCGCGUCGACAGACCACGUGGCGUAACAGUCGGCAGAAAAAAUGUAGACCAAUCGUCAUCUGGGAUAAGAUGAUUUUGAAAUACUCGUUUCCGUGGGAUGGCAAACAAUUUCCUUGGGGCGGUCUCUCUUAGGGGUACCAAUCACGACGCGAGGCCCCUCGUGGUUCCGAGUCCUCGGUUGCUCGUAGCCGCGGUCUUAAUCGAGAUUUUACCCCACCUAAGAAGAGGUCUCGAAUCUCGAUUCUCGAUUCUCGAUUCUCGAUUCUUGAGAGGCACACAUGCCCACGCCGGCACGCUCGCCGCCGUCGUAAGACUUCGAGACCUCCUCCUCGAACCUCAAACGGGCUUUGCACGCCGCCGGGAACACAUCUCUCUUUCUCCCUCCUUCACGCAUUCACAUCGCUGCACGUGGACAGGCUGAAUUUGAGAAUCGAAAGGUGGAAGAGAGAGAAGUAGAAAGCAACAUGAGGAUUUCCUACGCCUUGUGCGGCCUCCUAUUGGCUGUCAGCUUCGUCGCCUCCAGUCCGAUUAUUAAAAGAGAAGUCGAAGAAGACAUCAGUCCUUUGAACGAAGUGUAUGUGUUCCAGGCCGACGAGGAGCCAGCCGAUGAGGAAAGGACCGACCGGGACAAGAGGAAAAUCGGUAUCGUCAAGCUCGGGGUAACGAACGGGAUCAUCAACUUCGUAUUUGGGAAAUUGGACGCUUUCUUAGAUGCGAAGACCAGAGCUCUGGUCGUGCUCGAUGAAUCCAACAAAGCGAAAAACGCAGCAUUUGGAAUCGAUUCUAGUCAAUCGGCGACCAGCCAAUUUAUCAGUAAUCUAAUUUCCCAAAAAAUUCAAGCUGGGACAGCUAGCAUUGGGCCACUGAUUAAUGGAGCUACGACCUUCAUAUCUGGAGCAUCGAGUGGACUUGCAGGAGCUUUCGCAUCGAAAUUCGCCCCAUUGAGUGCCCUUUCCGGAGGAGCCUCUGCAGGUGGAACCGGCGGAAGUCCUGUAGGCGUCUUGGGUGGACUUUUGGCUUCGAAGCUCGGACCUUUGUCGAGCUUGAGUUCCAGUUCUGGAACCGGAGGUUUGCCAGGAUCCAGUUCCGGAGAUUCGAGUUCCUCCUCUGGAGGAAGUGCACUUGCAGGAGGUGCAGGCACUAGCGGAAAUGCAGGCGCAGGUGCAAGUGCAGGCGCGAGCACCGGACUAAAUCUGGGAGCAUUCGCCAAUCUGGGCGGAGCGAACUCAAUCAGCACAACGACGGAAGACAUUCCAGAAUUUGAUAGAACCAGGGUAUCGCUAGACAUACCUCCUCCACUUUUUGGAAGUGGAUUUACCCUUAUUACUGACAUCAGCAAAAUUGCGAGCAGCCUGAUUAUGAAUUCGGCUCGUCGGACGGAAAGCAUAUUAGAAACGUUGAAACCAUUUUUCCGAGGGGCUUUUGCCAUCAAGGGACUACCAUCGGACAACAAACGAAAUUGAAGAUGAAAGAAGAUAAAGGAAGAAUUAAAGGAGCCGCAAAAGUGUCCGUGGGACCAUUCCUCCAAAUGUGCAUAUAGUUGCUAUAGUUUUUAUAUUGAGGGUAUUGUCAGUAAGAGUGAAGUAGGAUUCAAUUCAAUUUGUCAUUUAAUCAAGAGUCGAAAAAAUUAGAUAAUGCUUGAUAGCACCUUAUACGAACAUUUUAUUUCAGUUAAAUUAAUAAAUGAAUGCUAUAAAUACUUUUCAUAAAAAUACCGAGAAACCGUGAUCAAC